GUGUCUGUGUAGCAGUGCGACAUGCUUGCUGUGCAGGUGCUGUCCCCAGAGCAAGAACUCCACGGUGACGCGAGUCAUCUACGCCUUCAUCCUGUUGCUAGGGACCAUUAUAGCCUGCAUCAUGCUGUCACCGGGAGUGGACAAGCAGCUAAAAAAGAUUCCUGGGUUCUGUGAAGACGGAGCAGGCUCUUCUAUCCCAGGAAUCCAUGCCAACAUGAACUGUGAGAUCUUUGUGGGCUAUAAAGCCGUGUACCGGGUGUGCUUCGGCAUGAGCAUGUGUUUCCUGCUGUUCGCUCUGAUUAUGAUCAACGUGAAGAACAGCCGAGACCCACGCUCUGCCAUCCACAACGGGUUUUGGUUUUUUAAGAUUGCCACCAUGGUUGCAGUGACAGUCGGUGCCUUUUAUAUCCCUGAGGGGCCUUUCACUCACCUGUGGUUCGUGGUGGGUACCUGUGGGGCGUUCUUCUUCAUCCUGAUCCAGCUGGUUCUGCUGGUGGAUUUUGCCCACUCCUGGAAUGAGUCCUGGGUGGAUAACAUGGAGAGUGGGAACUCCAGGGGCUGGUAUGCUGCCUUGCUCGCUGUAACUGGACUCAACUACAUCAUGUCAUUUAUCGCCGUUGUCCUGAUGUACCUGUUCUACACUCAGCCAAAGGGCUGUCUGCUCAACAAGUUCUUCAUCAGCUUCAACAUGAUUCUCUGUGCUGUAGCCUCUGUCGUGUCCAUCCUGCCCAGAGUACAGAAAUUCCAGCCCCGAUCCGGUCUACUCCAGUCCUCCUUCAUGACUAUGUACACCAUGUAUCUGACCUGGUCGGCCAUGACCAACGAGCCUGACCGUACAUGCAACCCCAGCCUGCUGAGCAUCUUCCAGCAGACACUGGUGCCCACACUGGCCCCACUGGAGAUCGAGAACCAGACGACUGUGGUGAUCAUCGGCACUGAAGAGCCCAUCCUCUCCUCCCCCUGUCUGCAGUGGUGGGACACCCAGAGCAUUGUGGGAUUGGCCAUCUUCAUCCUCUGCAUCCUCUAUUCCAGCAUCCGCUCGUCCAACACCAGCCAGGUGAACAAGUUAACCAUGGCCUCUAACGACACAGUGAUCCUGGAGGAGAGUAAAGCAAGCACCCCGGACGAGGAGGGAGGGACGGGACCCAGGCGUGUGGAGGAUAACGAGAGGGACACGGUCCAGUACAGCUAUUUCUUCUUCCACUUCAUGCUCUUCCUCGCUUCGCUCUACAUCAUGAUGACUCUCACCAACUGGUACAGUCCUGAUGCAGACUACAAUGCCAUGACCAGCAAGUGGCCGGCGGUUUGGGUGAAGAUCUCCUCCAGUUGGGUGUGCCUUACCCUCUAUACCUGGACCGUGGUCGCCCCGAUGAUACUCACCAACCGGGACUUUAGCUGAGAACGGUUCCACCAACGCAGUAUUUUCUUUUCACGUUCCUUAUUGUGAUUCCUGAUUAAGUAAAAAAAAAAUUAAAAAAGAGUGUGUUUUACAUAGACAUUGACCACAUGGCCUAGAUUUCAAAUGAUUUCCUGUCAAAAUGAACUGUUUUGUUUUGUGUAUUAGAUGUUGAUGGUUUCUCAUAAAAAAAUCUCUUUAGUUGGCCUUUAGAUGGAUUAGAAGAAAUAGAUUCACAUAUGAACCUGGUGUUAAAUCGCUAACCUUGUUGGUGCAUUUGAAGGUUGACAGAUGUGUUUUUUGGUCAAUUUUGUGCAAUUAGGGACCAAAUCGUGUAUUGAUGGUUGACCUUUAUGUCAAAGGAACAUUUUUAAAUUUUCCUUUUUUUUUGUUGUACAUUCUCUCAAUGUAAAUUCAUCUUUGACUGACUAACAUUCCAAACCAACUAUAAGAAUGUAAGAUCCUUUAUCUCUUGAGUAAAUAUACACUUGAGUAUACCAAACAUUAGGAACACCUUCCUAAUACUGAGUUGGACCCCCCCCCCUUUUGGACUCAGAACAGCCUCAAUUUGUUGGGGCAUGGACUCUACAAGGUGUUGAAAGCGUUGUGUUGUGACAUGGUAGGGGUGGUAUACAGAAGAUAGCCAUAUUUGGUCAAAUACCAAGUAUACCAUAUUUUGGCAAGAACAGCUGAAUUUAGCAAAGAUAAAUGACAGUCCAUCAUUACUUUAAGGCAUGAACGUCAGUCAAUCCAGAAAUGUCAAGAACUUUGCAGUUGCAAAAACUAUCAAGUGCCAUGAUGAAACUGUCUCUCAUGAGGACUGCCACAGGAAAGGAUGACCCAGAGUUACCUCUGCUGCAGAGGAUAAGUUCAUUAGAGUUACCAGCCUCAGAAAUUGGCAAUUAACUGCACCUCAGAUUGCAGCCCAAAUAAAUUAUUCACAGAGUUCAAGUAACAGACACAAAUCAACAUCAAGUGUUCAGAGGAGACUGUGAAUCAGGCCUUUAUGGUCGAAUUGCUGCAAAGAAACCGCUACUAAAGGACACCAAUAAGAAGGAGAGACUUGCUUGGGCCAAGAAAUAUGAGCAAUCGACAUUUGACGGGCGGAAAUCUGUCCUUUGGUCUGAUGAGUCCAAAUUUGAGAUUGUUGCUUCCAACCGACUGGUACUGUAUAUUUAGCACUUAUAAUUACAUAUAUAUUGACUACGUAAGAUUAAUUGCUUCAUAUGAGUUGAAUUAUUUGUUUUAAAGCAUUGAUUCUGUCAUGACUGUCCACAAGAAUCCAAAUAGGUCAGAUCAGGUUUGCAAUGAAUAACUUAAAUCAGACCCCCUCUCACCCGCAGUGAGUGGGAAGGAAAGAACUAGGGGGAUUAACAACUCAUGACCUGUUGUUAAUCAAGGAGAGAAGAUUCAGGUCCCUCUCCAAAUUCACCAAAGGAAUGUGCCUUUUUUUUCAGAGACUUUUCCAGAUGAAACUCUAACACGUUCAAAUAUCAAAUACUGGAACAAUAUUUCUAACAUAUAACUUGGGAAUGUUCACUUUGUUAUUUUGUGAUGUCAUUAAAAUUGUUAUAAAGGAAAUAAUGUAACUUGGAAAGUAUACCCACUGCAUAUAUGACGUGUCCAUCCUAUGUGUUGUGCAUGUAAUAUGAAAAAUGAUGAAAGUAUUUCUGUUAAGAGAGGGAUUUGAUUUUUAGGAGCCAUUAGAGAUCAAUGUUUUACAUAAACUUUGCAGUGACAAGUCAUGCAUUCAUAAGUGAGGCUCAGGUUUUUGCAGAUGCAGGAGGUUACGAUUCUUCAGAAUGAUGAUAUGAUACAAGGUUAUGAUUAAUAAGUUGACUGUUUAUAGAUGUGAUAGGUAAAGACCUUUAGAGUUUAAUUCAGGAGAUGGUAACUCUUUAAACAACCGCUCUUGUGGUGCCUCAGAUCCUAAUUAGUUAAUUGUUACAUGAUUAAUUUAAAUCGGGUAACAAUUAAACAUAGUUAGUUAGAUAAAUUAGAUUAGAUAAAUAAGUCUUCCGAUUAAUGUCAAGUCAGGACAAUUCCCUUUACUGUUAUAUUUAAGUCGCUUAGUAUGAGACUAGGUGACAUGAUGUUCACUAAUUGUUUUGCUUCCACUUACAGUAUGUCCUCAGUUCCGUAUUACAGACGCUUAUUUAGUUAUAGCCAAUUCUGUUCAGUAGUAAUUGAGUUUGCAUAGGUUUAUCCUAACAUGAUUUAAUAGUGUAGUAAGCUGCCAUCCCCUUUCCAAUGCCUUUCAUACUGUAUCUGUAAAUUGUGUAUUAUGAAUCUUUGAAUUGAGAGCAACAUGAAAGUGUAGCUAUCAGUGUUUGUGGAUUGCUUUCCAAAAACAUCUAUUUCAACAAUCUACUUCAAGUGUUUAUGCUUCUGCCAAGUAUUUGUGUAAUCUUUAUAAUGUUUGUUUAGUGUCUUGGAAAUUGAUGAAUGUAAAUGACAAUCAAAAGGCUGAAGGCAUGCUUUCUGAAGGAACUGAAGCAUAUUUUGCAUGUUGCUAUCGUGAGUGAAAAUAAAGGUAUCUACAACCAAAACCCCUACAUAGAAUGUAGGCCUUUAUACUGUAA